AUGACCGGAGGCACUAUGCAGCAAGAGGGAUUUACAAGCUUUCAGAUUUUUGAAUUCUGCAUUUUAUUUGCCACCUGUGUAGUGGGUCUCAUUGGAAAUGGACUUGUAAUAUUUCUGACUGGCUGCAGAAUGAAGACGACCGUCAACACCAUUUGGUUUCUCAACUUAGCGAUUGCAGACUUCAUCUUCUUGUUGUCUUCAAUCAUAGAUCAUCUUUCAACUUUGGGCCAGUUGAGUCUUUACUUCAUGAGUUACAUUGUCCAGAUAAUGUUAAAUCUAAAUCUGUAUGCUAGUAUUUUCUUUCUUGUAGUUAUCAGUCUGGACCGAUGCCUGUGCACAUGGUUGGUUGUUUGGGCUAGAAAUAAACGAACUACACUUAAAGCCACGAUCAUCUGCAUAAUUGUGUGGGUUUCAUCCAUUGGCUGCAGCAUUCCUUUCUUUACAGUUAAUACGUUUACUCGUGCGUCUUUGAUCACAUAUGACUUUACAGUGGGCUUCCUCAUCCCCUUUCUGAUCAUUGCAUCUUCAUACACAGCUAUUGGACUACGAAUCAAACGCCUCAAAAUGGUGAAGCAGUUCAGGUCAUACCGAGUCAUUAUAACUGUAACUCUGGCUUUUUUCAUAUGUUGGUUUCCAUACCAUGUUUGCGUUUUUUAUGAAGUAGGAAAUAACUGGAGUGAUGAAGUAUUGCAGAGAGCAAAGAAUGUCAGUAUUUACCUGAUUCAUCUCAACAGCUGUCUGAACCCCAUUCUCUAUGUGUUCAUGUGUGAUGAGUAUAAGAAGAAGCUUAAACAGUCUCUGCUGCUGGUGCUGGAGACGGCUUUUGCUGAAGAUCAUCUGGACUUUAAGACAGACGCAAAAGAACGAUCAGAACAUGAAAACUCAACUGAACUGUUGGAUAUGUAG